ACUCAACAGUCACCUCAAAGACUUUUAAAAAGCGCCUGAAGUAUGACUAAACUUAACUAUAACUCUAGCUUUUGAAAGUACUUCAAUCACUAUCCAUUCUUCGCGCAUCACAUAAAUAUUCCCGAUGACAAAUAACAUCAUACAACUUCACUUAAAAUAAAAAGCAAAACAUUAAUUAAUUUUCUUGGUUUAACGCUAAACCUGCCGUCAGAGCUGAGCUAAUCCCCGCCCCUUUCCAGUGGUAGCCCAUCCCCUCCCCACCUCGGUCUGCGCAUGCGCGGCGAGCCAGGCAGCCCCCUAUUAUUAUUGUAAGAAUAAUUGCACUUAUGAAAAUGGCGGCGAAUCAGGGAGCUGUGGGACCUGCUGUGGCUCUCCAGAGCCAGCAUUAUCCCAACGUCGCGCACUGGAACCCGGGCGUGAUGCAACAGCAGCAGCACCCGCUACACACCGCGCGUAGUCUGGAACGCGCGCUGGAAGACGCCGUCUGCUCCGGGAUGCUCAACAUCAGCGGGAGAAAACUGCGCGACUACCCGGGGCUCAACUACGACCUGACCGAUACUACACAAGCAGACUUGUCGAAAAACCGUUUUGGUGAAAUCCCUCCAGAGGUUUGUAUGUUUGCACCGCUGGAGUUAUUAAACCUCUACCACAACUGCAUAAAGGUGGUUCCAGAGGCCAUUAUCAACCUACAGAUGCUCACCUACCUGAACAUCAGUCGAAAUCAGCUGUCCGUUCUCCCCAAGUUUCUCUUCAGUCUUCCUCUGAAAGUACUGGUGGUCAGCAACAAUAAACUCCUGUCUAUUCCUGAAGAGAUCGGAAAGGCCAAAGACCUCAUGGAAUUGGACAUCAGCUGUAAUGAGAUCCAGGUGCUUCCUGCUCAAAUGGGGAAACUCCUCACGUUACGAGAACUUAACAUACGAAGGAACUGUCUACAAGUGUUACCAGAUGAGUUGUCCGAUCUGCCGUUGAUCAGGUUGGAUUUCUCCUGUAAUAAAAUCACUGAGAUUCCCAUAUCUUACCGCAAACUUAAACAGUUACAGCACAUCAUUCUUGACAACAACCCCAUGCAGUCUCCUCCUGCACAGAUCUGCCUGAAGGGAAAGAUCCACAUCUUUAAGUAUUUAAACCUGCAGGCAUGUCAGCUGGAUAAAAAACCAGACACACUUGACCUACCUUCUCUGGGAAAACGCUGCUUGCCUCAGCAGCUGACAGACAGUAUGGAAGAUUUCUAUCCAAGUAAAAACCAUGGCCCUGACUCGGGUAUUGGCAGUGAUAAUGGUGACAAAAGACUGUCGGCUACAGAGCCAUCUGAUGAUGACACCAUGAGUCUCCAUUCUCAAGUGUCUGAGACGGCGCGGGCUGACGCACACAUACUUCUCACAAAGCUGGACUCAAACAAAGAUCAGGACCAAUAUGACUUUAUUGACCCAAACCCAGAUGAAGAGGGCAUUCUGUCUGAGGGAGAUCUGCAGCACAAUGCACCCUAUGUGUCAUGUUUAAAGGAGCUGGAGCGUGUUCUGAAAACACACCAAAGCAAAGACAAAGAGAACUGGAAAGAAGAGUCUGGCUCCGAGAAAGAGCAGUUAACUGAAGAAGAUGAGGAUGACUUAAAGGAAGUGUUGGAUCUGAGGAAGAUUGCAGUACAGCUGCUACAACAAGAGCAACAGAACAGGAGGCGAUCCCUAAUAUGUAGGGCAGAGAGUCUAAUACACCGUAGAAGAGCCCCAGGGAGAGCUCACAGGUUUCUCAGCCACUCAGGGAGUAGCACCAAACAAAGAACCCCAUCUCAGACUGUUAGAAGUGCAUCUCUAGAUGAAGGAAGCAGCUCAGCCUCCGCCUUGAGUGGACAGGAGACUGAUCUCACUGAUGAAGAUGCAGCUUUCUCUGAGCCUUCUUCCUCUUGCUCGUUUGAUGGAAGUUUGAAAUCAGAGAGCAGUGACUCAGAGCCAAGAUGGCCAGAGGUUCCUCCUGUGCUCAACCAGAAUGAGGAUCGGAGGAGAAACAAGUACCUGAGAAAAGACUACCUGAAGGACAAUGACCCCAAGCACACCUCCAGGCUGUGUAAGGGCUAUCUGACCAAGAAAGAGAGUGAUUGGGUGCUGCGCCAGAUGACCUGGCCUCCACAGUCACUGGACCUGAACCCAAUCGAGAUGGUUUGGGGUGAGAUGGACCACAGACUGAAGAGUAAAGAUGAAAACGGUUCUAAAAUAGGCCAUUCAUUGAAGUAUAAGUGCCAAAGUGCUCGAAGAAACUCCAGUGGCAACGACAAUGAUUGUGAGGAGGGGAUGCGAUCUAAUGAGUUCACCACAACUCUGACUGUUUUUGGUCUGAAACCCAGAUCAGCCUUCUCCCGUGGAAAUCGUCAAGACUCUAGCUCCACAGAGCCAAGCUUCACCAUGAGGAGAAAAAUGGAGCACCUCAGAGAGGAGAUGGAGCAGAUCCGACUCUUGCAGCAGAACCUCGAGUCUAGGCUGAAGGUUUUGCUGCCAGAUGAUGUGGGUGCUGCUUUGAUGGAUGGUGUAGUUUUGUGCCAUCUGGCUAAUCACAUUCGUCCUCGUUCUGUAGCUAGCAUUCAUGUACCUUCCCCUGCUGUGCCAAAGCUGAGUAUGGCCAAGUGUCGGAGGAAUGUUGAGAAUUUCUUGGAUGCAUGUAAAAAGCUUGGAGUGCCACAGGACAAGUUGUGUUUGCCGCAUCACAUCCUGGAGGAGCGAGGUCUGGUAAAGGUCGGUGUCACUGUCCAGGCACUGCUGGAUCUUCCAUCCUCAAAACCCAACCAACUUUCUACCAUGUAGCAUCGCUGGAUCAUGGGACGUCCACUAGCAUCCCUUUAUCCUGCCUUACCACCUCAUCCUCACUCCUCACUCUCAGUGCUGAUCUUUGACUUACUAUGGGGAAGUCAUGACCCUUCACAGCUGUGGGGAACAGGCCAGCUUCCGCCUACCUCUUAUAAGCCUCUAUCAAGGGGUCUAGACAUUUUAAAGCUCCAGUAUUGUGCCCUAUAUGAGGGAAAAUGUACACAUUUCAUUCGUAGGGGAAAUACCUGUUUCUAUUCCACAGCUGGCAAUGCCGUCUGUCCCCUCUUAAUGCUGGACACCUCUGUCUCCUUUCUUUUGUAUCUUCUUCUCAUCUCUCAUGUUCACUCUUCUCUUGGACGGUGAACCCCCAACGGGUGAGGAAAGGAGAAAAGCCCGCAGCUAUCUGACUGAAUCUGGAGCAGAGGGAAGAUGAUAUUUCAAUGUCACUCCACCCCUCUCCUGUAUGAAGUCUCUAAGAGCUGUCAGACAUCUUGUUACAUUCUGACUGUUUCCUGUCUGCUUGAAGAAAUAAGUGGGACAGAGACAUGUAUUGAUGUGUGUGUAAUAACCAGAUCUGCAGCGAGGACACCUGGAAAGGACAGACAAAGGCAUUGCCAUAAAAUUGGUCUUUGCUGUCAGGUGAGUCACUGGCAGUGCAUUAGAGAGUAUUUCUUUCUUUCGGCAUGCCUGGAAGGUUUUAACACUGAAGACACUGCUCACGUGCCUGCACAGGACAAAGGCUUUUUUUGUGUUCUUUUACGUACGUGCCAGCGUUUGCCAAAUGUUUGUUUUUCCAUGACUGUUUUUCUCACAGGUUUUAUUAAGUGCUUUACGUGUGCCAAGAAUUCACCACAUGAUAACGUUUCGCAAGUACCAGUGUAAAUGCAUUGUGCUACAUUUUAGACUGUUGUGCAGGUUUGGGCACGUAUGUGAAGUUUUUGCCCUAAAAAUAGGCCAAUUAAAAACAUUUGCAAAACCUACAUUAGCAAAGCCUAAUUAUAAUUACAGAGUAAGAACAAUCCAUUAAUGAUAGAUGUGCAUUUUAUUAAACGAUUAAAUUUGUUCACAUUAGUUUUUUUUUUGUUUUGUUUUUCAAAUCUCUCAUGUAAGAACACAGAGACUUUGAUACUUGGAAAAUUGAGUGAAGUCAAUUAAAGGGUUCGAUGUGCCGCCGUUCAUUCACCACAGUGUAAACUGAAGGUUUAUAGAAAUUGUUCAAAUAUGUGUAAAUAGUUUGCAUUUAAUUUAUCAUGGACUUUAUUUAUUUACCUUUAUGUACUUUUGUAUGUUUUAUUUAUUUCUUUAUCAACCUCAAAAAUCAGCAAUCUGAUUCUUGAGUGUAAUAUAUGAAUUUCCAUACAUGGAAAUUGGAGCAGCCCUCUUAACGGGUUGUUGCUCUGGAAGUUGCUUGCAGUCAGUUUCUGUAUGACUCUUCGUUAACAUGCACAACAGAAAGCCAGUUAUGUGAGGAAGUCAUUUGUAGAAGAUCAGAUGCAGAAUCAGCAUUCACAUUUUUGAUUUUUUUUUUUAUAAUAAUACUUGACAGGAGUGUAAACAAGGCUGUGAGGGAUAGGAGUUCAAGGGAUUGUUUAACAACUCUUCAGCUGAUGAAAAGUUUUUCUGAUAAAAAAGCUUAGUAAACAAACUCCAUAAAACAGUUUUAAAGGUUUUAAGUUCUGAAAACUAUGUGAGCUUGGGUAAUUCUACAGUGUACCGUUGUAAAGUAAGUCUGUCUCUCACAGCCUCAUUUUUAUCCACUUUAAAUUCAAUCUGUCAUCUAAUUUGACUUACGGUAAAUGUCCAUUACAGCAGCAGAAUCCGCUCCAAACACUACAAUAUCUCCACUUCGGGGUGUGUCUGUAGAAAGUAUGUCUGAACUGUUUAUUUCAGUGCAUGACCAAUUUAAUUGUCAUCAUAAGUGUUUUUUACUUGAUCUUUCUACACAUUUUUUUUUUUUUUUAAUGCUCUCGGCACUCUUAAUGCUGUCUGCCAAUCCCACAAUUCAUCAGGUGAUCGUGCAGCUUUACUCCCAUAAGAAAAAUUGAAAAUGCUUGCUCUGCUCUGCACAAGUGGAUGGUGCAUGUAAACGUGAAUGCUGUUAUGAUGUCUUAAAGGGACGGUUCACCUAAAAAUGAAAAUUACCCCAUCGUUUACUCACCCUCACGCCAUCCUAUGUGUUCUUCUUUCAGACAAGUACAAUAAGAAGAUUUAAAAAAAAAUGUCCUGGCUCUUCCCAGCUUUAUAAUGGCAGUGAAAGGUGGCCGAGAUUUUGAGGCAAAAUAAAGUUCAUCCAUAAAAAGUGCUCCCUUACAGCUCUGGGGGUUAAUAAAGGCCUUCUGAAGUGAAGCGAUGCAUUUGUGUAAGAAAAAGAUUACGCCAUUCCAGACGGAGGAUGCGUCCAAAGUUAAUUAACUGCUUCCAGCAUAUUGUGAUAGGGUUUUGAAGAGAAAAUGUUCAUUGAUUUAUUCCUCUCAAAACGUCAUUUUAUACUCUGCUGGCAGCAGGAGCAGCUGUUGACACCUUUUCUUUGGAAAGUAGUUUUAGGACCCAGAUUUUGUUGAGAUGAGUAAUGUCUCGCUCCCCUAUCAUGCUACACACACCAUGGCAGAUACAUCUGGUUCGGUUCCACAGCUUUGUGAUGGAUGAAUAGGUGACAGCAUUUCCUCAGGCUUUAUUGCCUCCUCGACAGAAUCUCAGCCAAGAAUGUAGGUUUUCUAAAGGUUACAGGUCCCGUUAAAAAAAAAAGAAAAUGUUUUUCUUUUAGUUUCACUCAGUUGCACCCUCUAAUUUAGCUGUUUCUGUUUGCUUGCCUUUAUAUUUAUGACACAAUUUCCCAAUAAGCCAUUUGUCAUUCAUACGCUUCCCCUGCCAUCACUUCUGAAAUAGGUCACCUGCUUGAAGGUAUAGACUGCAUACUGCAUGCUAGUGUUUUAAUAAUAUGCUUUAGUACUCGGUAUGCAAGAAUAAUGAUUGAACUGUAGCAGAGAUAAUCAUUGUCACAUGACCUCAGAUUGACAAAAGAAAUGCUGAAUCAGGGUUCAUGACACUUACUGCAUUGUGGGGGGAAAGUAGACCGCUUGUACGGAGUAUGCACAUUUACACUUCAAUGAGAGGAGUAUCCUAUUUUAAUGAAGUCAUGUUCCCUUUUUUUCCUCAAUUAAACUCCAUCGUGACCAAGCUUUGAAAUAAUCACUCUUCAGCUCUGAUUCACAUUCCUUUUUGUGAGAAGCUGUUCAGUUUGUAAAAAGACGUUUUGAUUAAAAAGUAAUAGACAGGUUUGAGAUCCCUCCUGCGCAGUGCGUACUGUAUGUAUAUGUUUUUGUAUAUGACAACUUGAUUGCAUGUUUGGAUCAUAGCAUCAUUCAUGUACAUAACCGGUUUCAACACAUUAGGAUGUUUCCUAAAAAGGCAACCAAAUGAAACCAAGGUCAAAAUACUGGAAUAAAUUGAUAAUUUACAGUG